AUGUGGAUGUGGCACGUUGUGUUGGUGGAGCCGAGCAGGGGCCUCAGUGGAUGUGGCUUCAGUCCAGUCCCACCACAAGACAACAACAAACCAGCUGGCAUUGGCUCGAGCUGCCCGGGCUUAUGGUUCUGUGGGGGCCCUGAACAGACGUUUGCUCUACAGUUCAUAUUAUUGAUGAAGAAACUCUGGAGGGGGGGAGGAUUAGCCACUUAUGCCAGCGGCAGAUCAGAGGCGGCGCUGAGCUCGGCCGACAGUCGUGUUUUGGGGCGACUGGCUCAGCUCUGA